AAUAAUGUAUCCCUGUGGUGUCAAAUUUCUUAUUCUUCUUCUUCUUUACGUAGUACUGCUACUUGCACUUGAUUGUUGCGGUGGAAUCCAUGCGUUGCAGAGUGACAUCGAUUGCUUGAAAUCGGUUAGAGAGUCAUUGGAGGAUCCUCUGGGUUACCUUGAUAGCUGGAACUUUAACAACAGGAGUGAAGGAUUUAUCUGCAGGUUCAUCGGAGUUGAUUGCUGGCAUCCUGAUGAGAAUAAAGUGCUAAAUAUCCGACUCUCUAACAUGGAGCUUGGAGGGCAGUUCCCUCUAGGCAUUCAAAGAUGUUCAAGCUUAACGGGUUUGGAUCUAUCAAGCAACAAGCUAAACGGAACCAUACCUCCAAAUAUAGCAAAGAUCGUGGGCUUGAUUACAACACUGGAUUUAUCGUCUAACCGAUUCACGGGUGAGAUUCCUGUUGAUUUGGCAAACUGCACAUACUUAAAUGUGAUCAAGUUAGACAACAAUGAGCUAACUGGCCAAAUUCCACCUCAAUUUGGUUCAUUGACACGCAUAAAGGAUUUCAGUGUUGCCAAUAACAGAUUGAUAGGAGCAGUCCCACAUUUUGGAAACUAUUCCAUUCCGGCACAAAAUUUAGCAAAUAAUGAUGGACUUUGCGGAGCUCCAUUGCCAGAUUGCCCAGUACAUGCCAAGAAAGAUCACCGCGAUCGAGAUUUCUUCCUCACUGGGUUUGUCACAGGUUGGGCCAUCUUUGUGUUGCUCACUUUAUUUAUUUGCCUCUUUGGAAUUCCCUAUGCAGCAGCUAUAGGAAAGAAUGUGAGGGUGAACAACGCAAGUAUAUGUCCUGAGCAACAGGAUAUUGGGAACCAAGACAUGAUUCUGAAGCUGGAGAAGUUUGUGAGCAGAAUGAGUUUUAAGGAAAUGGCAAACGCAACAUCCAGUUUUAGCCAGGACAAUAUUGUUGGGUGUGGAACUCUAGGGAAAGUGUACAAGGCAACCCCUCCAAACGGCUGGCUUCUUGCCAUCAAAAGACUCCACGAGACAGAGAAUUUGGACGACGAGUUUGCCUCCGAGAUCAUGAUUUUGGGCCGACUACGCCAUCAAAAUCUAGUGCCCCUUAUAGGCUUUUCCGCCCAAGGGAAAGCAAAACUUCUGGUUUACAAGUACAUACCCAAUGGCAGCCUCCAUGACUGGCUACACUCUACACAAGACAGGGCAAAAGCCUUGGAAUGGCCUCUGAGAAUGAAGAUAGCAAUUGGUGUAGCCAAAGCCCUGUCGUGGCUUCAUUAUAGUUGUCCCUUAAAUGUGGUGCAUAAUGGCCUCUCCUCAAAAUGCAUAUUGUUGGAUCAUAAUUUUGAGCCAAGAAUAUCAAAAUUCUGGGAAGCAACGAUCACGAAUCUCAACGACACUGCUUCUACCUGGAAUAAUCCUGUGGAAUAUGGAGACAAUUUCAGCCCUUUCACCAAAGAUGUGUACUGCUUUGGAAUUGUGCUUCUUCAGCUCAUUACCAGAAAGGAAGCCUAUGAAUUGAGUUGCUCUACUGAUAUCAUUUUUGGUAGCUACACAACUAAUCUACUCCAUAUAGAUGAAGUGAUCGCACACAAAGGAUUUGAUGAUACCAUCUCACAAUUUCUUGAAAUAGCCAAGAAUUGUGUGAAAUUCUUGCCUAAUCAAAGGCCAACAAUGUUUCAAGUCUAUGAAUCACUCUCAUCCAUUUCAUACCCAUGGGUGACUGACAAUGCUUCUGAAAUUUCAAUGGAUUGCACUUAAUUAAGAUCAUGUUAGAAUUCAGUUACAUAACUCUUUUUUUUAUGAGAUCAGAUUAUAUUAUAGGUGGUAUAUAUGCUUUCAAUGGCAUAUUAUUUGUACUCAAUAACAACUUGAUGAUUCAAUUAUUAAUAGUGAAUCAAAUAUGGUCAUUGCUCAAA